AUGAGCGGGAUGAGUGGGAUGAGCGGGAUGAGUGGGACAAGUGGGGUGAGCAAGACUAGUGGGACAAGUGGGACGAGCAGAACCAGUGGGAUGAGUGAGUGGGAUGAGCAGGAUGAGUGGGAUGAGCAGGGUGAGUGGGAUGAGUGGGAUGAGCAAAAUGAGUGGGACAAGCCAGAUGAAUGGGAUGAGUGCGAUGAGCAGGAUAAGCGGGACAAGUGGGAUGAGUGGGACAGGCAGGAUGAGUGGGAUGAGCAAGACGAGUGGGAUGAGCAAGACGAGUGGGACGAGCCAGACGAAUGGGACGCGUGGGACGAGCAGCAUAAGUGGGACAAGUGGGAUGAGCGAAAUGAGCAGGAUGAGCAGGAUGAGCAGGACGAGCAGGAUGAGCAGGAUGAGCAGGACGAGCAGGAUGACGCCCUGCUGAGCCUGGGGGCCGUGCUCGACGUCUCCUGCCUGCGGGACGCCCUCCGCCAUGCCCUCGUCUCCCUGCUGCCCAGAGUGGAGCACGUCUACAUCUACCUGCUGGAUGGGGAAACCCGGCUGAUCUGCGACGACCCCCCCCACGAGCUGCCGCCCGAGGGGAAGCUCAGGGAUGCGGUGCGGAGGCAGAAGCGGCUGGACUGUGGGGGGCUGCCCCCCGCCGAGCUCCCCGGCCGGCAGCUGGGCCCCCUCGCAGCACCCCUGGCCGCCGGCACGCAAGUGCUCAUCAUCCCACUGGUGGACAAGGACAGCGGGGCCGUGGUGUGUGUCAUCCUGGUACACUGCGGCCAGCUGAGUGACUCUGACGAGCAGAACCUGCGUGCGCUGGAGAGACACACCCUGGUGGCAUACCGGCGCCUGCAAGCCCUGCAGAAGCUGCAGCCCUGGCCGCAGGUCAGCCUCUCCACCAGCUCUUCCCAGAACUCCCUGGCCAAGCCCGAGAAGGUGCCCGACAGCAGCUACAGCGACCUGGACUGCAAGAUCCUGCAGCUCUGCGGUGAGCUGUACGACCUGGAUGCUGCCUCGCUCCAGCUCAAGGUCAUCAACUAUCUGAAGCAGGAGACCCAGUCGCUCUGCUGCUGCCUCCUGCUCGUCUCUGAGGAUAACCACCAGCUCUUCUGCCAGGUGGUGGGGGACCGGGUCCUGGAGGAGGAGAUCAGCUUUUCGCUCACCUUCGGGCGCCUGGGGCAGGUGGUGGAGGACAAGAAGUCCAUCACCUUGAAGGACAUCAGCGAGGAAGAGCACAAGCAGCUGAGCAGCAUGUUGGGCUGCCAGGUCACCUCCAUGCUCUGCGUCCCCGUCAUCAGCCGGGCCACCUCCCAGGUGGUGGCAUUGGCCUGCGCCUUCAACAAGCUGAGCGGGGAGAGCUACACGGAGGCGGACGAGCACAAGAUCCAGCACUGCUUCUGCUACACCUCCACGGUGCUCACCAGCACGCUGGCCUUCCAGAAGGAGCAGAAACUCAAGUGCGAGUGCCAGGCCCUGCUGCAGGUGGCAAAGAACCUCUUCACGCAUUUGGAUGACGUCUCCGUCCUGCUCCAGGAGAUCAUCACGGAGGCCCGAAACCUCAGCAACGCGGAGAUAUGCUCCGUGUUCCUGCUGGACCGGCUCAGCCACGAGCUGGUGGCCAAGGUGUUUGAUGGCGGCGUGGUGGAUGACGAGAGCUACGAGAUCCGCAUCCCGGCGGACCAGGGCAUCGCCGGGCAUGUGGCCACCACCGGCAAGAUCCUCAACAUCAAGGACGCGUACUCCCACCCGCUCUUCUACCGGGGGGUGGACGACAGCACCGGCUUCCGCACCAGGAACAUCCUCUGCUUCCCCAUCAAGAACGAGAACCAGGAGGUCAUCGGGGUGGCAGAGCUGGUCAACAAGAUCAACGGCCCCUGGUUCAGCAAAUUUGACGAGGACCUGGCCACCGCCUUCUCCAUCUACUGCGGCAUCAGCAUCGCCCACUCGCUGCUGUACAAGAAGGUGAACGAGGCGCAGUACCGCAGCCACCUGGCCAACGAGAUGAUGAUGUACCACAUGAAGGUGUCGGACGAUGAGUACACCAAGCUGCUGAGCGAGGGCAUCCAGCCCGUGUCGACCAUCGACCCCAACUUCGCCAGCUUCACCUACACGCCGCGCUCGCUGCCCGAGGAUGACACCUCCAUGGCCAUCCUGAGCAUGCUGCAGGACAUGAACUUCAUCAACAACUACAAGAUGGAUCGCCAGACCCUCACCAGGUUCUGCCUGAUGGUGAAGAAGGGCUACCGCGACCCCCCCUACCACAACUGGAUGCAUGCCUUCUCCGUCUCCCACUUCUGCUACCUGCUCUACAAGAACCUGGAGCUCAUCAACUACCUGGAAGACAUCGAGAUCUUUGCCCUCUUCAUCUCCUGCAUGUGCCACGACCUGGACCACAGAGGCACCAAUAACUCCUUCCAGGUGGCCUCGAAAUCAGUCCUGGCCGCGCUGUACAGCUCAGAGGGCUCCGUCAUGGAGAGGCAUCACUUCGCCCAAGCCAUCGCCAUCCUCAACAGCCAGGGCUGCAACAUCUUUGACCACUUCUCCCGCAAGGACUACCAGCGCAUGCUGGACCUCAUGAGGGACAUCAUCUUGGCCACCGACCUGGCCCACCACCUGCGCAUCUUCAAGGACCUCCAGAAGAUGGCAGAAGUGGGCUACGACCCCAAGAACAAGCAGCACCGCAGCCUGCUGCUCUGCCUGCUCAUGACCUCCUGCGACCUCUCCGACCAGACCAAGGGCUGGAAGACCACCAGGAAGAUCGCGGAGCUGAUCUACAAGGAGUUCUUCUCCCAGGGUGACCUGGAGAAGGCCAUGGGCAACCGCCCGCUGGAGAUGAUGGACCGGGAGAAAGCCUACAUCCCCGAGCUGCAGAUCAGCUUCAUGGAGCACAUCGCCAUGCCCAUCUACAAGUUGCUGCAGGACCUCUUCCCCAAGGCGGCGGAGCUCUACGAGAGGGUGGCCAGCAACCGGGAGCAGUGGACGAAGGUCUCCCACAAAUUCACCAUCCGGGGUUUGCCCAGUAACAACUCCCUGGACUUUCUGGAUGAGGAAUACGACCCACAGGCCCCCGACCCCCAGUUCAAUGGCUGCCUGGAGCCCGAGGGGGCGCAGCCCGAGGCGGGGGCUGAGUGA